AUGAGAGUGUGGAAUGAGAUUCAUGCGGAUGGGGGGAAUUUGGAGGAGGAAGAGGAGGAUGGGGACGUCGAUGCCGGAAUCGCCAGUGUGCCCGCGAAGGGUGAUGCCGAGCCGCGGCUGGGCGAUUCGGAAGGCUCAAUACCGGACGAAUCGGAUGGUACAAGUGUACAUCUAACCACAAAUAGACGCACAAGCAUCCUCCAAGCUGGAUAUGGUCAAUCUGAAGACGACGUUCCGCGUAACGGGAAUGCGAGUGGGAAUCCUCUCCUCGAGAUUGAACUCGGCUCGGAGCUGGCUCAGCUCGACCUCGAUACCAAAGGUCGCCACAUACCUAUGUCAAAGAUCAAGAUAUCUGGGCAGUGGUGA